AUGCUGGCGUUUACUCCUGCCACGUGGAGGCCUGGCUGCCUAACUCGCAGGAGGGUGGGGAGUGGGCGCAGUGGUACUCCGUGGAGUACUGGCGCCGCGGCUGGCCGGAGUGGCGCGUGGCCGACGCUGUCACCACACAGGAGUCGUGCGUGGUGGACCAGCUCGUCCCCCGGACACACCUACACCUUCCUGGUGCGCGCCGUGAGCAGCCGCGGCGCCUCCUUCCCAAGUCCUUGGUCUGAGCCCGUCACCGCCAGGCCGCGCCGCGAGUCAGGCCUCGAUGCAGACCAGCUGCGACAGGCUCGCCGCCGCCUCUCCCGGCCAGUGGUCGCCCUCAGCGGAGCCUCGGCCACCGCCCCCGACAGUGUGCUGCUCAACUGGGAGUUCCUGUCACCGGCGGAGGGCGCGGUGGAGGGCGUGCUGGUGUACUCUGUGAGGGAGGGCGGGGGUGUGCAGGUGGCCACCGUGCUGGGUGCCUCCUCCUCCUCACACGUGGUGCACGACCUGCAGCCCUUCACGCCCUACACCUUCUUCGUGGUGCCCUUCUGGCGCAGCGUUGAGGGCACGCCCUCCAACUCAUACUCGCUCACCACUCCUGAGGACGUGCCGCUGGAGGCGCCCAGCGAUGUGCGCGUGGCGCGUCGCCAGGAGGGCUCGGUCCUCAUCCAGUGGACGGGCGUGGAGGGCGCGGCGGUGCGCGGGCGGCUGCAGGGGUACCGCGUGACGCUGAGUCACAACGGUAGCCACAGCACGCAGACAGUGGCGUCGCCAUGGCUGGAGGCGACCGGCCUCUUGCCGGGCCGCCUCUACACCGUGAGAGUGGCGGCCCUCAACGGGGCGGGACCGGGGCCCUCCAGCGACCCCGUGUUGCUCGACACUCGCAGUACCGACGAGGCCCUGGCGACGGAGGAAGGCGCGGGCUCUGUGCUGUACGCGCCUCCUCAGCCUGCCUGGCUGGCCUUUCUGUUGGUGCCUCUUCUGGUGGUGGUAUUCUUAGCAACGCCAUGGUAUGUAAGAAGGGUGAGGCACAAAGCAGCUCCUUCAGACCCGCCCCACGCUCCCUCCCUUUACCAGGACCCGUCCCUCUGCCCCGACCACCACUCCGUCAACAUGUACAGUGAGCACAAACUGUGGCGGCCCUCGGAAAGCGACAAGGACUCCAGCCUGUCAUCGACACGCCUCCUCCGGCCAGACCAGCUGGCCAAUGAGUACGCCGAGCCUCGAGUGCAGAGGCCCAACGAAGCCACGGAGCCCUACGCCACCACGGCCCUGCUAGCGCCGCCCUCGCCACGGCUGAAACAGGCUGUACCUUGGCGUCACCACAGCGACGAUUCUGGCGUACAGGUCAACUGGGCUGCCAUCCUUCCACCGCCUCCAGCCUGCCCACCGCCUCCAGACCUUGAUUUAGGCGACCCUAGCAAUGGAGGUCCGCAGGGCGCAAGGAGAGUGUGCUCUGCAACCUCGCAGUACGAUAACAUGGGAGGAUCAGAUAACUAUGGGAGGCCAUGUGACGCCGCCUCAGAGCACACUUACGAGGCGUACACACAAGUGACGCCCACGGACGGGCGUGAGACCUUCCUCACUUUCAACACACUUCAAGGACCGGGCUGCAGACAAGUGCAGGUGGAGUGCCACCCGCCCCAGCCAGAGUCUCCUCGCAACAACACUCACUAAGAGAGAUGCGAGACUCAGACACUUGGUGCUACAUUUCCUGCUGGUGGGUGACAAAUGCCUCAGUGAACAGCAUUGGCGCCGGGCAUCCGUGUGGCGAUGUGUUGCUGGGGCACGUCCACCCCUCCACCAAACUACGAGGUACAGCCCACCUCGCCCUGCCCCGUCCUUUACCCCCCUCGUCUGUGCCCGCCCAUUAGUUCAGUGCAUUGUGCCCUAGUAAUACUCCCUUCACGCCCUAGUGACACCCCAGCCCCUAGUGAUACACUCUCCACACCUUAGUGACACCCUCCUCGCUACGCUUACCACACCCUGCCGCUGACGCUGAGUGAUACUGUUUAUAUUGAGGUGCCAAAAGAGGCCAGGAAAAAAAAAAAAAAACUGUUUAGGACUCUGGCAUGUGUUUAUAGUACUAGUCAUUUGUUUAUAUAUGUACAGAGUAAUAUAUUUUUCUAUUAAAAAGAUGUUCUCGUAAAAA